AUGGAUGCACCAAAGACAGCUCCAGCGCCCAAGAAGGGCUCCAAGAAGGCGAUGACCAAGAUCCCCGGCAAGAAGAGGAAGAGUCGCAAGGACGUCUUCUCUAACAACUUGUACAAGGUGCUGAAGCAGGUGCAACCCGACAUCAGCAUCUCCACCAAGUCCAUGGCCAUCAUGAACUCCUUCGUAAUGGACAUCUUCGAGCGCAUCGCCAGGGAGGCCUCCCGCCUGGCUCUCUACAACAAGCGCUCCACCAUCACCUCCCGGGACAUCCAGACCGCCGUCCGCCUGCUGCUGCCCGGGGAGCUGGCCAGGCACGCCAUGUCCGAGGGCACCAAGGCCGUGACCAAGUACAACAGCUCCAAGUGA